CUUCUGGGUUCUUGUGCAUGUGCUAACUGUCGGUGAUUUUUUAAAGAGGGCUUCAUCUCCAAAUCGAUUUUCACUUUAUCAGGAGCUGCUGUGCUGUGCUUUGCUAGAAUUACAAUCCCACAAACCAAGAAACAGUUCCAAAUUCAGAAUAAAAAAGGAGUCUUUCAAGUGAAGAUGGUGGAAACGGGACAUCAUCACCACCACGAAGCUCCGCCGCCGGGUCAUGGAGCUCCACCGCCGCCCAUGGUAGCUCCUCCGCUCGGGGGUGCUAGAGGCCCUGUUUACCCUCCUGCGGAGCAGCUCCUCCAGCUCCAUUACUGCAUCCACUCCAAUCCUUCUUGGGUACAAACAGCAGUUUUGGCUUUCCAACAUUACAUUGUCAUGCUUGGAACCACUGUGAUGAUCGCCACUUUACUAGUGCCUCGGAUGGGUGGUAGCCCAGGUGAUAAAGCUCGGGUUAUCCAGUCAUUGCUCUUUAUGUCAGGAGUGAAUACUCUCUUGCAAACAUGGUUCGGCACACGACUUCCAACUGUGAUGGGCCCAUCCUUUGCGUAUAUUAUUCCGGUGUUUGCAAUCAUCAAUGAUUUCUUUGAUAGUGAUUUCCAAAAUGAUCAUGAGAGAUUCACUCACACCAUGAGAGCCAUUCAAGGAUCACUAAUUGUAUCUUCGUUUUUGAACAUUAUACUUGGAUAUAGCGAUGCAUGGGGAAAGCUUACAAGGCACUUUGGUCCACUAGUUUUGGUUCCAGCUGUCUGCGUGGUGGGGCUCGGCUUAUUCGCCAGGGGCUUCCCCCAGCUUGCUAACUGCGUGGAAAUUGGCUUGCUCAUGUUAGUUCUACUGGUUAUCUCGCAACAAUACUUGCAACACCUCCAUGCAGUUGCUAAGCCCAUGCUCGAGAGAUAUGCUUUGCUUCUAUGUGUUGGACUUGUUUGGGCAUUUGCUGCAAUUCUGACUGUUGCUGGUGCUUACAACAAUGUCAAGCAGCAGACGAAAACAAGCUGUCGUACAGAUCGGUCUUUUCUUAUGUCAUCUGCUCCAUGGAUCAAGAUUCCGUAUCCUUUUCAGUGGGGUACCCCUAUAUUCAGAGCAAGUCAUGUAUUUGGGAUGAUGGGUGCUGCACUUGUUUCUUCUGCUGAGUCAACUGGAACGUUUUAUGCUGCAGCAAGGCUUUCUGGUGCUACUUCGCCUCCAGGGCAUGUGAUGAGCAGAAGCAUAGGUCUGCAGGGUAUAGGCCAGCUGCUCGAAGGCAUAUUUGGUUCUGUUGUUGGAACUACUGGUUCUGUUGAAAAUGUCGGCCUCCUGGGACUAACUCGUGUUGGGAGCAGAAGAGUGGUUCAGAUAUCCACCGCUUUCAUGAUCUUCUUCUCAAUAUUCGGAAAGUUUGGUGCUUUUUUUGCAUCAAUUCCAUUGCCGAUAUUUGCUGCAAUAUACUGCAUCUUAUACGGUAUCGUUGCUGCGACCGGGAUUUCACUUAUUCAGUUCGCAAACAACAAUUCCUUGCGAAAUAUCUACGUAUUGGGCGUCUCCCUGUUCUUGGGCAUAUCGAUUCCUCAGUAUUUUAUCACCAAUACAGAUGCGUCCGGGCACGGUCCUGUCCGAACGAAAGCAGGAUGGUUCAAUGAUAUCUUGAACACCAUAUUCUCCUCGCCACCCACCGUGGCACUGAUCGUUGGAGCGCUUCUUGACAACACGCUCGAAGCCAGGCACGCUGUUGAAGAACGAGGGCUUCCGUGGAUGGUGCCCUUCCAUCGCUGGAAGGGAGACAGCAGAAAUGAGGAAUUUUACAGCUACCCUUUGAGAUUUAGUGAAUACAUUCCUACUAGAUUUCUGAGAUAAGUUAUGCUUGUGUAUAUUCGAAAUAAACUCGAGAAAAAGGAGAAAAAGAAAGUGUAUGAAUGAAGUUGAUAGAAAAGUGAUGAAGGAUUAUUGUAAGCUAUUUGUAUUUUUUUUAA